AAAUUUCAUUGUUUUCUGAUGAAAACUAUUUAUUUUUUUUUUCAAGCCAUAAUCAGUUAAUUUUUUCAGCACACUCGGUCACUCUGCUCUCCGUUGAGUGACGAUUCCAUCAGCAAUAAAAUUUCUCGGCUGCUUCGUCGGGAGGAGUCGCUACAUCUGGACCGACCGAAUUGUCGUCUGGCUUUUACGUCAAUCCAACAGAAAUGAAGAAAUCGUGGGCAGUAAUGACUCCGGAAGUUGGCACCGAGGAGGGUCCCCAGAAUGGCGAGGAGGUUUCAGUGCUUUUCGGUGGUCCUGCUCCUGGCGCUGCUCUCCGUUGGAGCGACCGGCCUCCGAGGACCUUCCAGCCAAGUGGAAGGUCACGAGGCGAGGACGCCAUCGAGAAAUCGCGGAGGGUCCCGUUUCAAUUCGAAGGUUAGCGAAGGGCUCGAGACGAGCACCGCGUCGUUCUCUUCGUCGAGCCCACGCUCACUCGGCCGGACACGUAAUGCCAGAAGAGGAAGUUUGUCCAGAAACGAGGGCACUCCAAACCACGAAACAAGCGAAACCAGCACCUCCAGAAGUUCUCGCCUCGAUCAUGAUAUCAAAUUAUCAGCUGGCAACGCUCGAAAAUCCACUCAGUCCCCUUCACCUUCUUCGAGUUCCGACAGGAGGCGAUUAUCAGCGAACUCCAGAAAAAAUCCGUCCACGAGCCCGCGAAGCGACGUGAACGUUGAUGCUGCGGCUGAAGAGAAAAGAGCAGGAAAGACCGAGACUGAAAGUGGUACGAACGGCCAUAAGGACGUUAAAAUCGAACCACGAAGAGCUUCGUUGUUUCGAACCAGAAAUGCCUCUUCGAGAAAAGAUGCCAUUGAACCGACGAUUGCCUCGAACAGCGAAGAUUUGAGCAAUCGUAAGAUCGAUCUCACCGGGCCCUCCGUGUUUUCCGGAACAACGGAAAUCCCAAGGUCGAGAACAGGCCGAAAGAUACAAACGACCCUUUCUUCCAGGGAUCUUCGCAGCGGAUUACCAACUUCCGGCAGGUUUGCCACGUUGAAAGAAAGCCCUCGGAAGCAUGCCACGAAGGAUGAGCCACUGUCAUCCUUGCCCAGUCAUUCCACCACAUUUCAAAGACGUUCAGAUGAUUCUCCAACGAAAAAAGACAUCGUCUCCGCCGCAUCGGAAAGUGUCAGUUUCGACAUUCCACUGGAGAAGGAAUUUAAACCAGAAAAAUUAGACUCGCCCUCAUCGAAAGUGAACUCUUUGGACCGAGGUCGCAGGAGCAGGGUUCGAUCUCGUUCCGACGACGACAAAUUUUCGGAGGCCACAACACCAACAUCCAAAUCUGCGGGGAGAGGGUCGUCGCGGUUUUCCGAGCUCGAGCAAGCGGACAACGUUCCCGAGAAGAAAACCGAAUCCCGCAAAGAGCUCCAGCGCUCCAGGGCUUCCGAGACAAAGUUACGAAACCCUGAGAAAAAGGACGCCAGAAAACGUGGGAGAAGUCGAGAAUCGAAUUCGAGCAGGUCUCAAGCAGUCUUGGGACGAGCCGAGAGCGAAGGCCGCAAGUCCCCAACUGCAGGCAGCCCCGAGGGGCGGAGUAGAGUCCGUGUAGCCAAGAAACCGGCUCCUCUCGACAAAACGACGGAACCGGAGAAGCGAGCAAGAUCCAGAGGAAAAGUGACGUCGAGUGAGACGUCGGGGAAUCCCGCAACGACGACGAGGAACCAGGAAGAGCCGAGCGUGCUCGCGACUGCCGAAACUACGAUAUCCUCCAGCCGCGUGACUUCUUCAUUGCCUGCAAGUUCCACCACUCCGAGGCCUUCGAGACAUCGAGAAAAAACCGACACCACGACCGCGGCACAGAGUAGAACUCGCGGAAGAGCGUCCGCGGCUUCUACAACGCUCAGCCCGCCUCAGAAGGAGGAUUUUUUCAAUCACGGCCUCGGCUUCCGCGGCAGAAAAAUUGCCACCGAAGCUCCCCAAGCUACGUCUGCGCCAGGUCCUCAAAACAGCACUUCCAGCACGCCAUCACCUCUCCGAGGAAACCCGGGCUGGACUCUAAAACGAAGACCCGCGUACUUCGAUGACGAUCUGGCGACAACGUCAACGGUCCCGGUGACCAGUACGACAGCUCAAAGUCCACCGACUGCCAUCAGCAAUGAAAUCCCUACGUCGAACGACGUGGCCAAAUCAAUGGCUUCGAGCGCAAUCGAAGCCACGACCAAAUCCCAGGGGUUCAGACGGCCCGGCAAUGCCUCCGGAAAGGGUUCCAGGGGCUCGAAGACCUUCCCGAAGACAUCCGAAGGCAAGAAGUCUCACGGGGAACUCGAAGAAAGCGAUAAUUAUCCUGCAGACUUCAAAGCACGUCUCGCGCAGUUGAAAAAUACGAACUCCAAAGAGGCGACUGUACGACCAGGGGAAUAUUCGGAUAAAUAUACGACUCGGCAAACGCGUUCGACGUCCGUAUCUUCGGAGUUCAAAAUCCUCGAUGAGAACGUCGAGGAGUCAACCUCGGAGCGUCCUUUUACAGAGGUUACUUCCGCUAUUUCCGUAUCUACUACAAAUCUUCCGGGCCCACCCAUCAACGAAACGACGAACUCCUGGAUCACUACGAUCGAACCGGAACACUCGAAGAAGACCAUCGAUCCCCAAUACCUUGCGAAAUCGAGACAGAAGCUGGAAAGUGCUACGAAACUCGUAGUUAAACAUGAAUCGAGGAACGAUCAUAGUGCCUCGUCGGUUUCCAAUGCUAAGAAACCCGAUACCACGGGAAGAUCGCCGGGCGUGACAACAGCCGCGAAAAUCAUCGAGGAGAAAAAGACUUCAACGAAAGUGUCGAAAAGAUUGAAGUCGGUAGAGAUAUCGAAAGACGCGAAAGACGAGAGGAAGCUCGGCAGGGUGAACAAGCCUCGGAAACUCGAGGACAAGGAGGAAACGACGAAGUUCAGUGAAAACGAGGGCGACAACGAUCUGAUCGAAACGACGACAACCCCUCGCUCAACUCUUCGUUCAGAUACGAAAAAAGAAGAGGCCCCGACGACGAAGACUCCAGCGACAAGAGUUCCGAUCCUGUCCCGUCGAGCGAAGGAGCUUCCCCGAGAGAAUAUUUCCACGACAACGAGAAGGCCGAGAGCCUGGAUCUCGGCCCACACAGACAAAAACUUUCAGGAGCCUCCUCGAGCGAAAAGCACCGAAGAAUCGUCGACGAGACGUCCCGUGAGUUCUUCGACGACGACGAAGAAAUCGCGGGCUUGGAAUUCCGCGUACAUCGACAGGAAUUGGCAAGAGCCGACACGAAAACCGGCAGCGGGAGCUUCCACAAGAAAAGCGCCGACUAGACCACCAGCUUCGGAGUCUUCGGUGAGCGCAUCAUCGACAACUGAGAAAUCCUCGACGAACGAUUCAUCCGGUAAUCGUUACACGAGAAAAAAGUCUGGCGGGUUCAAGCAAUUCGAAGCGGCGCCUGGGCUCGGUACGACCGAAAAGUCCGUGCAGCCGGUUAGACGCCGCGAGUUUCGUCCUAGAACCGCAACCUACCGACGACACUCGGAAUCACCAAAAGUGGUGAUAGUGAAUGCAGUACCAGCCGAGAAGUCAUCCUCGAUUGGCAGCGUAGCGAUCACGCCGAAAGCGCCGUUGAAAUUCCAUUCGAUAGUGAGGGAAUCGGCCCCGAGUUCGCCUCAGAGUCCGGCAAGGCAGGAACCGACACUCAAUGUCCAAAUCUCGAACGAGACUCAGCCGGCGAACGCGAGUAGCGUGGCAUCCGGUAUCGUAGGAAGCAGCAACGGCGACAGUGGCCAAUCGGGCAGUAACAUAUUCAGCCCAACGAGAACAACGUUUCUUUUGAACAGUAACGCAACUUUCCUCGAACAGCUUAGGAGCACGGUAGCGCCUCUUCUUGGUGCCCUGGGCAAUAGAACUCCCAUUUUCGCUGGAGCCUACAGAGACGUCCAAAAUUCGGAUUCAGAAAAACGGAUCACACCGAGCGGUUCACCGCCGCGGUUUAGCGCUCGUUACAAAGGUGCUGAGUUGUUUGUAAGAAAGCCAAACGUCCUUGAACCAGCUGGACCUUUUCUCACAAGCUCGACCACACCGUUCACGCCAACUGAAAAUUCAGGCUCGGCACCACCUAUCUCGAUCGAGAGCCCCGGCGAACCUAACGUGCUAACCUUCUACCAUGCCCUGGAAACGGCCAGCAUAAGUAAUGAACUUGACCAGACUGACGGACAACAACAACCAUUUGGCAGAAUAUCCCAGGUAGCCCAGACCCAAAACGCAACAGCCAUUGACUCCGUCGACACGACUAACGCUAACAAUGACACUGCCACUACAACAACUCCACCUAGCCCUCCGUCAACCAAUGAGACAAACUUAGAAUCAGUAACAAUGGAUGAUAGCUCCGUUAUAACGAUAGAGACCACCCAAAACUCAGACCCUCUUACUGUUGGAGACACUGCGACCCAAGGCCCGGAAACCACUGCGGCUGUACCCGAAACCACUGUUCUUACCUCCACCGAAGCGCCUACUGUUAAUCCGGAGGAGCUCACAAGUAUGACUUUUGCUCCUGACAGUGAAAAUGAUCUCUUGAGUACCGAUGCAACCUCGACCUCAGAGCCACCCCUAGCGACGACCUUAGAGUCUACCGAAGCCCCGAUACCAACUGUCCCGUCAACCGAAAUUCCCGUUAUGUCAGAAAUUCCAGUCACGGUAGCUCCGACAACUUACACAACUGGGGAAACAACGGUCAUUGCAGAAUCUAAUACUGAAAGCAUUACGAUUUCUCAAGAUACAACAAAUUCGUCAUUUCUUGGUCGGAUAGUUUAUUCGGAAGAUGUCGAAAAUGUGACCGUUUCUGACGACGAGUCAACGACACCAACGCCGGUGGCCGAAAUUGAUUUGGAAUCUGGAAUGAGCACAAGAAAUAUGCCCGAUACAACUACACCCCCUGAUGUCACCUCUUUAAAUGUCACGAUGGGCUCUCAGUCGAGUUCAGAAGUGCCGAAUCUUGGACGAAUAGUUUAUUCCGAAGACGUUGAAAAUGCCACGGUUCUUUCGAAAUCUGUAGACGAAACCACGACAGUAUUUUCGACAACCGAGCCCAGUGCAGAUUCCAUUACAAGUACUGUUAAUGCGAUCGAUUCCACUACAUUCACUGACGUCACUAAUUCAAAUCCAGACACGGAGACGGUAUUCCCGUCAAGCACAGAAGCACCAACUACGACAAUGAUCACUGCGAUAGCGAGCACAACUCCUGAGGCCCAAGAAACGACGACCGUCCUUGAAAUUAGCACCCCCGAAGCUUCGAACAUCAGUGGGACCGAAUCUAAUCUUGAAAUCUCCGUGGAAACGGAAACCGCAGUGCCUGAAACUACGACCAUUGUGAUGAUGACCGAAACGAUUACGAUCGCUGAGCAAACUUCACCCGAGCCUACCGACCUGCCAUCGACGCUGCCCACUUCCUCGGAAAGUCCAAUGGAAGAAACGACAAUGCUCGUCUCAACGAGUGCAGACGUCACCAGUAACGUGGGGUCUCUAGAAAUCGUGGCACAGUUAACAGAUUCGAAUGCAACAGAAAUCACUACAACUGCGUCCGAUGAAUCUGGAACAACGGAAACGUCAACGUUCAUUACCACUUAUGAGGGUAGCGUGAAUAAUGGCACUAAUUCUGAAAGCCCAGUCGAGAACGGUGAUUCUCUCAUGCGUGAUCGAACCAUCGUAGAUAUGAUAGGCGCUCAAUUAGCUAACACGACAGAUACUUCAAGGCCAUUUGGCAACAGUUUGCUGUCGCGUAUGAUGUUAAGGCUCAUGAAUAUACUAUCCGAUUCAACCGACCAAACGGAUUCCGCCCUUAAUAGCAUUGCUCAGGGUCCUGAGGGAGCGAGCACCCGCAGUACUCCGACUGCGAAUACCACUGAAUCAACAAGCCCUCCUAGCGUAGACGAGGUACCCCAACUUUUAGGUGGUUUCCUUGAUAACACAGACAAUAAAAAUGAUACGAACGAUGUCGCUUUGACUCGAGGUAGCGGAAGCGAAAGCAUUGAAAAUAGCAGCAUCACAGAAAUCGAGUCGAGCCAGCCCGCAACGACGACACCGAUGGUUAUAAAACAAACAACGUUGAGUUCCGAAGUAACAAGUACACAAGUAACAACGCUGACAAUUAUACCAACAACACAAAUGCGUUCGAAUGCUUUGGAAGAAACGACACUAACACCAUCGAGUACAACAAAUGGCUCGACGAACCCAACUCCCCAAGAAGGUUUAACGUCGAGCCCGGCCGGCGAUGUUACUAACGUCACAACUAAUCAGCCCUCGGAGACAACACUAACCACAGAAAGCACCGUAGAACAGUUGGACUCUAAAGUAGAAAAUGAUCCGAGCCAGUCGAGUCUAAUGGCUGUCGGAGACUUAGAAAAUAUGACAGUAACAACCGGCGAUCCCGGAGUAACCACUAACAACAUUCCAGAAACGUCAACAACAAUGUCUCAAACAAACCCGAGCCUCACGAACGAAAUUCCUAAUUCGCUUGCCGGUUUCCAGGACACAACAACAGCAACCGCCCAAAGGACGGCAGGUGACAACGAGCAAGCGAACACAUUGCCUACCCAAACAAGCACUCCCCAGACAUCCACCACUCCCAACCCUCCCUCAACAACUACCGAAUUUUCCACGACUACCGAAACAACCACCGUUCUUCCAAUGACGACAGUCCCCGAAGUCAUUAGCCGCGACGACGGGGCGACGACAAACGCACCAUCCCAACCAGAGACAAUGCCGACGCCAGCUACCACUGCUGUUCCGUUGGAAACGACUGUUCAGACAACUUCUGAACCCGUUACCGAGACGACCAGCACGAGCCCAACCGGACCCAUAACGAGUUCGGAAAAUCCAAUGACGAGCACCCAAUCGAGCACGGAGACCCCUCAAACCAGCACGACCACGACGCCUGCCAAUGGUACAAGCACCGCGAUGAGUCCUUCCACGACGAGUGCGAAUCCGAGUGCGUCGACGACGCCCCCGAGUGUCGCGACCACCCCGUACCUCGGUCGGUUCGGCACCUCCAGAAUGACCCCGGCCCCUCGUUUCAGCGUGAGUUCUUCGACGAAAACACCGCUCCGGGACUACCUGGUCUACGGCAUAUUCCCCAAUAAGACGAUCGUCCGGAAACGCCCCGAGGACAAUCUCAUCGACGCUCGAAACGUGGACAGCCCCUACGUCAUUUUUGGCAUAUUUCCGGAUGGCAAACUCGUCCGGAAGUUUCCAAAUGGAACGAAUGAUUUCUUGCUCAACGGAGGAUCGUCGAAUGCGAAAUCGUCAAGUUUCGGAGGAUUAACGACAACGCCACCGGUAGGACCACCAGCAAUCGUAACACCAUCGGAUGUCAAUCCUCAGGGUGGUCGUAUUAUUCAGGAAAGAGAGAAGGACGAGGCGAGCAGAAGCCGAGAGGCCGGAGGUCAACGUAGCACCGUGUACAUUGGACAGGAGAAGUUCAUCAACUACUGGAGCGGUGGCAACACGGCGAACAAUAAUUCGAGGCUCGUUAGCGUCAAAAUCAACUCGGUGGCCAGCUCGUUAAACGAAGGCGCAGCAUCCAACGCCGCUUCUCGACAACAAACGUCCUUCGACAUCCUGCCCAGUAGUCAAACCGAUGGCGGUCAAGUUACUGCUCCACCAGGCUUCCCGUGGAAGGAUCCACUCGAUCAAAUCUUUGGUAUCACCACCGAAUCACCGGUCAUCACAGCUUCUGUAGCUUCUAACACGCUAUUGGAGGACUCGAAUCCCUCGAGAUCCCCGAUUAUGUCAGCUCCCAUAAAUCCCCUCGUGGAGGUCUUCAGUGGCUCGUCGGUUACAUCGGGAUCCAGGCUCUCGGACACUUCAAGUACCUCAACCCAGAGUCCCGAUCGAACCAGCACAACGCUGACCCUGACAACCGCGCCAACUACCACGACCAUUGCAACAUCUACGACCACUACAACGACGACGACAACGACUACGACGACGACAACGACUCCAGUUCCCACUACGACAACUCAGGCUCCUACAACGACAAGCACGACGACAACGACACAAGCUCCUACCUCAAGAACAACAACCCUGGCUCCAGUGACGACGGCUUCAACAACAAUUUCAACUCCGACGACUAUCGAUAGUGCCAUUACCAGGGUGACGAACGAACCGGGUCAAACACCCUUUGGGACAACUUUCGAUGACUUGGCUUUCUUAAAUUCUUUGUUGCAACAACCUAACCCGAGAAGCAGCUCGACUCCGAAAACUCUUACAGAAGUGGAAGAAUUACUGGCGAACAAGAUUCUCAGCCUCGCCCUUGGGAAGCCAGGUCCAACGCGAUCACCGAAAGCCAUACAAUCAGCGAAUGCGUCGCCCAACUCGAUAAGCUCGUACACGACGCCGGGCCCUUCGUCGCAGCCGAUAAUAAUCGACCUGCUGCAACCGAGCCAGAGACCCAUAUUCAGAGGUACCGAACAAGUCACUUGGCGUCCAUUUACGACAAGUGCAUCAGCACCGAUAACAACGACGACGACGACAUCGCCACCGCGAACGUUGCCAACGGUGACGACAACCACGACGACGACGGUCAGGUCGACAACGAUUGCGCAACCCAUUGAAACAACCUCGAGCAUUCCAACGACGCCAAAAACGGUCACUACGACUCGAGCACCAGUCGUUAUAACCGCGAAACCGAUUGCCACCUCGCGGCCUCGGAUAACAACGACAACGCAAGCUCCUUUCGGAUUUGGAGCAAAUAUUUUGAAGGCGUUAUUCGGAGGGAAUCCUUUCGCUCCCCCGACGACGCAGAGGCCGGUGCAGGUAACUCAGAGACCGAUCCAAACAACGAGGAAACCGAUUGAAACUACGCUGGCAGCGAUCACAACGAGUGCACCAGAAAAAUUACGCGAGGUUCAUGUGACGCCGCGUCAAGUCGAAACCCUCAAGACCCAAUCAAACACUCCAAACUUCUUGAGCUUAGACCCGAAACCAGCUGGUUCAACGUCUUUACCGAAAACACCAGAUUUCACGAAUGAGAAUGACGCUAAAUUUCUAGCUGCCCUCUUACAAGCCGUGGAUCAAACGAACACGCCAAAAAGCAGCACCACCUCAGCUCCAAAGUCACAGAAUCUCUCGGACGAUGACGAAGCCUUCCUCAGGGCCAUACUCAAUGGUCAAGCCAGUGUCAAGCCAUCGAUGCCUUCCUCACAUUCAGCAGCCAGUGACGCUGCUUUUCUCGCAGCCCUUUUGAAAGCCCAAGGCAUUGAACCUUCGACCCCAGCCAACAGGCUACGAGAACAACUUCAAAUGGGUCAACGAGUCUCGCCACCAACUAAAGCAGCUCCAACGAAUCCACCGAGAACCGUUCCAUCUACCGCGAGAAAGCCCUCCCCCGUCAGAACAAACGUCGUUCAAACCACUUGGUCCCCCAGCUCGACUUAUCCACCUCCGCUGUUCUCUAACUUCCCCGGUUUAGGCUCCGCAUCUCAGGGAUCCAGGGCUCAAAGCAACACUGAGGAGGCGGAUGGCAGUGUUCGUAGUCAAGUCGUCAAUGCAGCGAUUGGCGCGACGAGAGCAUUCAGUCAGUUCCUUGGUGCUGCUAUCACGGGUGCAGCCCAGCAAUUGCAGUCAUUCGUGAGGAAUAGCACAAGUUAAAUAGAUACUACCUGGACAGUGUGAUGUAUCAGCAUUCGAGCAUCUUGGGGAAUACCACUUUGCACUGCACUUUCUUCCUCCUGUCUUUUUUUCUUCGCACGACCCUCCCGGUAUCAUCAAUAUGUAUAUAUCACACGAUGGCACAUCUCGAACGAUUUAUCCACCCAUGAUAAAUUUGUAUUGUAUAGUAGUAGUCUCUAGUUUCGUCCCCUUGCUGCUCUCUUUUUUCACACUUAACAUCCCUGUGAACGCAUCGAAUAAUUAUUUUUUCAGACAGACUCGACGCAACUUGACAAAUGAAUGUUAAUGCGUUUAAAAGUUUGCUUCAGUUUGAAAUAUUCAAAAAAACUUGACAAAGAAUGAGGUGAACGAUCCCAUCAUUCUAUAUGCUCUGAUUUCUGAUGGUCUAGCCCAUUUCCCAUUUUAUCUUCCACUCGCUAUAACCUCAUUUAUUUGCUUUCCUGCUUAGACCAGAACUUUUUAGCGCGGUUUUUAUCAUUUCGUUGUCCAUGACGUCAGUAAUUUUGGAAUCUGCGUAUAGAAAUUAAAAUGCAACGGGAUUUAGAGACUUUACGUUUUAAUAAUUGUAAGUAAAGUUGACCUCAACGUAUCUCCUAAAUAUUAGUGUUCCUUUCACAUAAUCGUGCUGUAAACAUUUGUAUAAAGUAUUAUUUCUUGUACAAUACCCCCAAAUCGGAUAAUGAGUUUAAUUUUUUUCUGUUUUCAAUUUUAUUUAUUUAAACGUCAAAUAAGAUUCUUUCGAUGAAUUAUUGUAAAGCUAUUAUUUGAACUCCUGCCUCGAACGACGUGUUGAUUGGGUCGCGUGCACUUUUAAAAGUGCUUGAAGAUCUGCAGGUUUCCGUUCGUUGCAAUAUUACAUUUUCACAGUAUUUUUAGCAGUUUUAAUCUCCCAGUAAUACGAUAAUUUUUUUCAUAUUUUCCUGAGCUCAGACCAUUAGUUUUCGAGUCCCCCGACGUUUUUCAAUUAAAAUUGGCGAAGAGCUGCGUGCACGUAGUUUGUACUAUCUGAUUCCCAGCUAAUUUGCAGUUGCUUCAAAAGUUUAGCUGAAACUGCAUUUCAAGACAAUCGUGAACCGUGUCGAGUAUUAAUUCAAAAAAUCUCGAUGUCCUGAAUGUCGAAGGUGCUUAUCCAUUUGUCCCUCACUUUGGUAAAUGUUGUUUCUACAAAUAACUACAUUUUGUAUCCUUUUUAUUUAUCAAGCCUCGAAUAAUUUCGAGGAGAAAAAGUUGUACGACGCUUUGCAAACGUUUCUAGGGUAAGUCGAAGGGUCAGUGUUUAUUUUUCGCGCACGUGUUAUUUCGUCCAUUCGUGUGGACUCGAGCGACGUACUCGUGAGACAUUUGCAACGUAAUUUGUAAUUAAUUUUAUUAGUUUGGAGGAUGCUGGCUCCAUUGUGAUCGACGAUCACGUAUAGGCUGAUGUUUUCUGAAUUUCCAUUCCCAACAAUGUUCCGCUGAUCGUAAUUCGUUCGCGGUUUAAAUGUUUGACACAUUGGACAAAAAGACCUCUGAAGGACCAACUAUUCGUAUUUUUUUUUGCAUGAUAAACUUCUUGUGUAUAAAUCGUACAUGCUCUCAAUGAGAAUUCUCUAAUGAUAUCGAGCUUGUGAAAAUCAAAUUUUUUUCACCACAUCGACCGAGUUUCCAGUUUCGAAUUUCUUUUUUUUACAGUUUUUUUUUUCAUUAUGCAUUUUGAUGCACAAAAAUAAAAGAAUUUCGAGGAGUCUCGAAGUCUCUCGGUGUGGCUGGAAAAUUUGAUUUUUACCGUCUCAGAGUGAUAUUUAACUAAAUCCUUUUUUUUUGUAUAGUAAAGCUUGUGUAUACAAUAAUAUAUUAUGGAUAUGUAAUACUAUUAUAUGGAUUUUUAUCCCGUCGUAGAGUGUUGUGUUUUGUACAAUAAAAUAUGAUUAUUAAGUA